AUGCCCAAGAUAGGAGAAGGAUCAGAGAAGCAGACAAGAAGAUCAAAGAUCAGAUCUCCCAGAUUGGAAAAAAACAAGAAAAAUGCAUCCCUCGUCGGGGACGACAAAGUCUACCGGAAAACUCUCCUAGUUGAUGACGGGUCCCUUGAGGGUUCAAAGUCAAUGGUGGUCACCAUAAACAAUGCUCCUUCCUCUACCCCAGCAGCAGACAUCAUGGUCCCUGCCACUGCUGAAGAAGGAGGUCCCUUAGAUGGCUCCUCUUUUAUGAAGAUGAGGAAGGCUGAGGGACCUGAACCCCCGCUUCAGGGAAGGUCCAAGAGCACGAGGAAAGCCGAAGCCAUUUCUUCAAGUCUUCCAGUUCCUGAAUCUGCUGACGUUCAGGGUAGAAAUCCUGAUUCAGGAAUUGUUUUGAGAGAGCCGCUGAGUUCAGGGAUGCUACCCCCUAGGCGUCCUCGAGGUAAUACAUCUAGAGCUCGAUCAUCUCCGAGCUCAGGACUCGUUGCCAGAGCUUCAUCUCCAUCAGAUAAAAAGAAGAUUGGAAACAUCUUUAGAUGUUUCCACACUCGCUCUGGGAAGAAACUUCCGUCAAUUGGGCACUGGAGGGAUGACAUCAAGAAGAUGUAUAUCAGUCAUUCAUUCCACUCUUCUCAGGAAACCCUGGAUGUGAACAGCAUCAUCAACCAUUACGAAGAGGAGCUCACCAAAGUUUCCAAGAGAGCUGCUAUUGCCGAAGGAGAGAUUGAGAAACUCCAAUCUUCCAACCAGCUUGCGAAGGAGACGACUGGUCUCGACUCGGCUCGUCAGAAAGAAAUCGAGCAACUCGAAAGAUCUGGCGAGGAGACGAGGAAGAAUUUGGCUGAGACAAAGCAAAAGCUAAAAACUGCCCUUGCUGACCAAAACUUCGCAAAGGGCGAGAUCGAGCUUCUGAAAUCAGAGCUUAGCAAGGUCAAAACAGUUGCUGAGGAGUUCGAGCGAAAAAAUGAGUCUCUUUCCAAACUGAAAGAUCAGGAUGUUCGCAAGAUAUCUCAUGAUGGUCGGAAAGAGGUUAAAGGAGCUGGGUUCCUUCUUGGCAUGCAGGAAUUUAUCUCUGCAGAUAAAGCUUGGAACAAACUUAACUCUGAACGUGAUGAGAUGAAGAGAAAUCUCGAUCUGAUCAAGGAGAUAAAAGAAGGAAAAAUUAAUUUGGCUGAAGAAAAGGAGACAAAAUUUGCCUCUGAGUUCGCUGAUUCCCCUCCACUAACCGAACCUAAUACCGGUUUGUCUUUGGACGAGAUGAUGUUAACUGGUUCCCCCAGUGCUCAUUUUAAUGAGUUCGGAACCAAUGUUGACAAAAUUUCUUUGGAACGAACUCAGGAGUUCUCUGGUCAGGAUCCUGCUAUUUCCUCGCUUAUGGAAGAUGACUUUAGAUCGAGGAGCAAAACUCCUCAGGACGCUAGCUCGCUUAACCCUGAGGUGGUUCUUACAACUCAAGAUGCUGCCGUCGGGGGUGCUCUUGUCUCAAGCCAAGUAGGAGAUGGAGGCGGUUCGCCUAUGAAUGAAUGA